AUGGACAGCAGACCCACCACAUUGCCCAGCACCGCUACAUCGCAAGCGUCCAGACAAGGCGAAGAUGCCUGCACAAUCUGCCUCGAGCGUAUUUCCGAGCGUGCUGUGGCGACACCCUGCAACCACCUGACGUUUGACUUCCUCUGUCUAGUCUCGUGGCUUCAAGAGAAUUCCACCUGUCCACUUUGCAAAGCCGAAGUGAGAGAAGUGCAAUAUGACUGGAGAAGCCCAGAAGACUUCAAGACGUACCAUGUGCCGACAAAGAAGGAAGAAUCUGUGAGACCAUCAAAUGCUUUCAGACCACACCAGCCAUAUCGCAGGCGUGUACAACCAAGGAGACCCAUUACAUGUCCCAUCGGCCCGCCUGCAGAUGACAUUCUCGAACGAAGACGAAGAGUCUAUAGAGAAGUUUUAUACAGCCUCCAUAUUGGCGGAAAUCGCAUCAACCAAUAUACGAAUUUCACGCAGAUUGACUUUCUCACCUCUGAUGAGCUCCAGAACAAAGCCAAAAUGUUCCUCCGAAGAGAGCUCAAAGUCUUUGAUUUCUUGGAUAAUAAUCCUCGAGCCAGCAGUCGUGACUUUUUGAUCGUUUACAUUGUCUUUGUGCUCAAGAGUCAUGAGCUGAGGGGCGCGGAUGGACGGGCAGAGGAUCUCGUAUCAGAGUUUCUAGGACGGGACAACGCGAAAUUGUUGCUACAUGAAAUGGAAAGUUGGUUGAGGAGUCCUUAUAUCAAUUUGGCCGACUGGGAUACAGAGGUGCAAUAUCCACCACCGGUGGUCCAUGGACCAGACCGACGGAACAAGAGGCGCGUGGGGUGA